CAAGAAUUGAGAGAGAAAAUGCAGUUCAUCGAGAGUUGUUAGCGUACAGCGAACAACGCCGGUAUGAGGUGGUCGAGAGGGCUGCUGCUUCUGGCAGCGCUCUUCGUAGCUGCUGUCUGCGCUCAAGACGCUGAAGACGUGCCAACGGACGCUAAUGGGUUGCCCGUUACGAGCAGCGUUGUCUGGGCAGACGACGAGUUUACGACGGACAACACGCCGUCGGCAUCGUCGACGGUGGAUACGCUUGAAGAGGGCCCAGAUGAGCCCGCGGAAGAUGAAGACGUAGCUCAAGAUGAGGUGGAAGUGGAGAUGGCAGCUCAGAGUGACGACCGGGGUGAUUCGACUGAAGCUGGAGUCAACGAAGUGACGGAGGCGACGGCGGUUGACGAAGAGACGACGGUAAAGAAUACGACGGAACGGAGUUCAGCAGCUGAAGAGGCUGAGGCGAGUGGCUCCGGAGGCGGUACGACACCGAAGGCCGACGAGACCAAUGAUGUAGACACCGAGAAAGCGAAAGAUGCGGAGAAAUCGCCAUCGUCAACAGCCAAGGCAGAAUCGACUUUGAUAACGAGCGCUCCUACAGAGCCAGCAAGCACAGCAACAACCGUCAACUCCGUGGCGAGCACGACAACGGUUGCAAGUUCCGAGCCGGCUGCCGAUCAGACAGGCACAACAACCACGACCGCCACCGAGACAACGACACUACCAUCGACUAAAAAACCUGAGGAGACAACGACACAACCGAGCGACGAAAGCGUGGACACUGUCCCCACUUCGAGUGACGACAGUGUGACCAGUACCAGUACAGAAACCCCAAUAAACCCAGAGACCACAGAGACAACGCUCCUGGACUCGACACAGGAACCCGAAGAAUCGCCCGUGGCUGAAUUGCCCGUUUCUGAACACGAGGAUGACUUUGGUUUAGCCGGGGAUAGCGUAACGGGAAAUGAGCUCGUGACGACUGGUUCCUCGUUGGAGACGACGACAAUCAAGGAUUACCAAGCAGAGUUCAGUGAGAUCAUCGCAUCUGUCACCCAACGUGUGCUGCCGUUCGCGACGAGGUUUUUGGGUGAUUCUAAGUUGUCGUCUGCUUGUGGAAGUCAACUGUUCCGGUUGUACAACGGACUCCGAAGGCAGGAUGCAUGGGCUCUCAAAAUGCUGACAGCCAAUGGACUCCUUCCGACGAACGUCUUCGAAGGAGGGUUGAGCAACUUGGGCAGCUACGAGCAAUGUCUUCAUACAAUGCUUCCGGCGAAUGACGGGCAGGCAGACAUCAAGGGUCAGUACUGUACCCUGUUGUUCCGUCCACCGAAGCUCUUCUACAACAGAACAGCUCAGCAAUUCAACUCCAUCGGCGAAAUGCUGGGUCGUCGAGGCUACCACAACUGGGAGCAAGAUCCACGGGGUUAUGCAACCUCCGACAUUCGUGUCGGUGUUUGUACGCCUUCCGGCUGUUCCGAGGAAGACUUCAACUACAUCGCUCAUGCGUUUCUAAGCGAGUAUGGAGCUAAGGCCACAGUGCGAGGCUGCAGGGUGGACGAAGAGGUCGAGAUCUCCAUGGCGCACAUCGGGAUUUUUUGCGUCCUCGGAUUCUCCGUUGGACUAGUCAUCCUGGCAACCUUGGUAGAGAUCUGCAUCGCCUGUUGCCGCAGCCAUCGGGAGGAUCCGAAGCACGAAAGCCUUCCAGUUCGUAUCGUCCAAUGUUUUUCGCUCAUCCACAACACCCAGAAGCUGCUGAUGACCAGCCAGAGCAUGGAUUGUCCCAGAGCUCCAAUCAGAUUCGUCUACGGAGUUAAGGUCAUCAUGGCGUUUUGGGUGAUAUUGGGAAACAGCUACUACACUUCAAACUACCAAACACUACAUACUGGCUACAGCAUCCUGGACUUAUACAGUCAGGUCCACGCACAGCUUGUCGCCAAUGCCUUCUAUGCUGUGUCCACUUUCUUCUUCCUAAGUGGUUUCGUCCUCGCGUACUUCAUGAGGAUCAACAAGCAGGAGUCUUGCAACAGGUCCUUCCUAGGGAUCUACGCUUUGUCCGUCGUCAGGAGAUAUCUCAGACUAACCAUACCAGCGAUGGCAGUCGUGAUGUGUUUCUUCCUCUUCCCGCUGUUCAUUUCCGGACCUCAAGACCAGGACCUGCUUGGACAAGAACAGGACGGUUGCUACAAGAACUGGUGGACCAUUUUCGCUCAGAUCGUCAACUUCAUUCCUACAGAGGACAGGUGCAUGCAGCAGUACUGGUACAUCAGCAGUGACAUGCAAGUAUUCCUGGCUGCCGUCCCGCUUUCCCUGAUAUUUGUAAGGAGCCCAGCGUGUGGAUUCUCGCUAGCUGUCCUGCUCAGCAUCAUAUGUUCCGCAGCGGCGGGGAUUGUGACCUACAUGAAGAACCUGAGGCCGACUGUCAUCUUCACAAUGACCGACUUCAGUCGAAACUUGGAGACUGCAGAAUUGGUGCAUGAGCUGCCAUACUCCAACUUGUCCACUUACUUCAUGGGCGUCCUAGCCGGGUACUCUGCUGCGGCUUUUAGGAAAGCUUCCAUGAACAAGGUGCUUCAAGGCAUCCUAUGGAUCCUGGCACUAAGCAUGAACGUUUUCCUGGUGUUCGUGCCUUACAUGUGGAACAGGAGCGACACGGAAGAACUUGAACAACUCUACGCAGCCUUUUACGGAGGUUGUUACCGUUACGCCUGGGGACUGUCCUGGGCCUGGAUAGCAUACGCCUGCGCUACAGGUCGCGGCGGUUUCAUCGGAAAGUUCUUGUCCUGGAGCGCAUUUGUCGCUUUGGGACGGCUAGCCCUGGGCGUCUACCUAGUCCAGUACCUGGUAUUCCUGGCCAAGAUGGGCAUAACCAGAAAUCCUACAGAAGUGAACGAGUUUAUGCAGGUGAAGGACACUUUAGGAGUGACAGUGAUCAGCUACUUCUUCGCCUAUCUCCUCUACAUUAUCUACGAAGCUCCCGUGACUGGAAUAGCCAAGCUCAUCUUCACUUUCCACGGUGACCUUAAGCCACAGCCCAUGAUGCCACCGACUCCCGGACAGACAACGGGAGAGCAGCCCACGGCACAACCCACGACAGAACCCAAGUCGGUAACCACGAUCAACGUUGAACAUACGCUGGAAAGAGAGAACCACGUAGGCGACGCCAACCACAAGGAAACGGCACUCUCGGGCGCCAUGGAACCCUGAAGACAUUCCGUGCCCUUUAGGAACUAUAUUGUGUUCAAUUUUGAAGCAGUCUUCCGUGAGGCCGACAGUAACAGUUUGAGUGCAAGCGUGAGUUGCGAAUGCGGCACACAUUUUCAUGCCACGGACUGUGCUUGAAGAAUGAACUUUUUAUCGACUGAGUGCUUGACGUAAUAGGGUGCUGCACUGUCCAGGAUUCGGAGCUGAUGUUUGAAAUGCUGAAUGAUGUGGUGAUGCAAAGUCAUAAAACCCCAGUUUGGAGAGGGCGGUAAAGGGGUCUUUAUGGGGCAAGAAGGCGUCUGUCUGACUCUAAAUUUAUAAACGGCUAUACACUCAUCACAUUCAUCCUCUUCUGGUGCUCCUUCACAUAUUUUGCUCUUCCCAGCCUUUGAAACACAACCCAGGUUCUCCAGGGAAAGCGCACGCUGUCUUUGAGAGAAAAGAAAGCGCUGACUAUGGCGUCACUUUUUCUUCUUCUGUUUCGCUUAGACGAAUCCUUAAACCGUGUAUUCACACGAGCGACAUCCCCCCAGAAGCGGAAGAUGCGAAAAGCGUCAUAGCUUUCUGCUGUCACGUGAGCCUGAGUGCUCAGCGCCGUGUCUUCGCGUACACUGCUAACCGUGGGGAAUAUCCUGCUACGCGGCCACAAGAUAUACCGUUGCAGACGACAGGAAAACACGCUGACGGUGUCGCCUGCGAAGUGUCGUCUGCUAAAUGCGCAGUACACCACUCCCGAUGUUCCGCACCGUGUGAAUGCUUAACAUAACACGGGACGGAACUUCAGUGUUUUCGCCUCUUCUUCCACUAGAAUAUUCGGUGAAGUUGUCGCUCGUGUGAACACACGGAAAGACAACCCUCUCAGCAACCUUUUUCAGGAAGGUCUGAAGUGGUUUCUGCUACACGGUUCUCGGGUGUCUUCCUAGUGACUUCAUGUGCCAUACUGAUAAAAUAAUCCAGUGAAACAUGAUUUGGCGCGUGUCUUCGUCGAUGAAAUAGACGACGGCAAAUAUUGUAGGAAUCUUAUCAAUGCCCUAUUUAUUUGAAAUAACUGGGCCGAAGCAUCAAGCGACUGGUGUCGUCCAAGAAAUUGCACGAUCCUACAGUCCUGGACUAUACCAGCUUUCGUGCCUCAUGUACGGCAAGAACGAGCCGUGUGUAUUUACUUUGAUAGAAUAAAAGUGCGAUUUCGUAUUCAAAUGCUU